UGGGUGAUUCAGACAGAGGGAUCACCUGGUUGAGGGAGAGCGUUGCUUUUUAGGUGUUUCCCGCAUCGCAGUCCACGUGGCCCUGUGAUGUGUGGAGAAUGCCAGGGAGAGGCCGGCGAUUUUUGCGGGAAGCUAGACCAGCCUCCCUCGUUACAUAGGCUCUUCCUCUGCAUUGCAUCCGAGCCUCGGUGAUUUGCUGUUUGGAGACUGCAGAUUUGCAUAGAGCCCCUAGCUUCACCAGCGUGUGUGUUUUUCAGUUCUUUUAUUUAUUUUUUCUUUUUAAUUUUUUUCUUUUUUGUUUUUUAAAAAUAUUUUUUUUUCUUCUUCCGCCCCUUCAUUUGCUCCUGUUUUUUCUCUGCUCGCCUUCCCCAGUUCGAUCCCCGCUGUCUUUACAAGGGUGCCCUCUUCCCUCUGAACCCUUCGCCCGGCGUAAGUGUCAGGAGGCGGCGGACUCGGAGAUUGCCUCUGGAGCAGGCGAUGCGCGCCGCUGCUCUGCGCGCUGCCCGGGGGAGGCUGGCGCGAGCCGGAGAGCGGGCCGGGGCUGAAUGGAGAGAAGGGGUGCCUUUCGUCCAUGGGGUCUGCUUCUCUCCUGAAAGGAGGCUGGACCGGCGAAGUGGCCUCCCCAUUCCCCACGCACAAUGCUAAAUGGAUUUACCUAGUGGAUUCCCGGUGGAUGGCUGUCAUGUAGAAGUGAGGACCCUCCGGGAGGAGCUUUAAACAAUUUCCCGGCUCCCCACCCACCGGCACACACUCUCGCCCGAAACUCUUGGGGAGUAUAUCUGGAGAACCUGGAGCAUUGCAAACCUGGGAGCAGCCACCCUCUCUGCGCUUGCUAUUCACCGGGGCUGCCUUUCCGGACAAGUCCCUCGCCAGCUGCAUCCGCCUCGGCUAUGUUUCGGAUUGUUUUGGGUGCAGGGAACAGCAGACUCCAGGACCCCGAGAAGACUGUCCAAAGGAGGGAGAGGAUGGGUGCCAUGGCGCGGUGAGGCGGCCGGCCCCGUAGCCCGCCGCGAUCCGACGGAUCCCCGGCUUCCUCUCCUCUUCUUGCGCCCCAAACUUUGCCUCCCGCGGAGGCUGCCCCUUGGCGGGCGCCCCGCCAUGUACCAGAGGAUGCUCCGGUGCGGAGUCGAGCUGGGAUCGCCCGGGGGCGGCAGUGGCGGCGGCGCAGGGGGGCGCCUGGCCCUCCUCUGGAUAGUCCCGCUCACCCUCAGCGGCCUCCUAGGAGUGGCCUGGGGGGCGUCCAGUUUGGGAGCGCACCACAUCCACCAUUUCCAUGGCAGCAGCAAGCAUCAUUCAGUGCCUAUUGCAAUCUACAGGUCACCAGCAUCCUUGCGAGGCGGACACGCUGGCACAACGUAUAUCUUUAGCAAAGGUGGUGGACAGAUCACGUAUAAGUGGCCUCCUAAUGACCGGCCCAGCACACGAGCAGACAGGCUGGCCAUAGGGUUUAGCACUGUUCAGAAGGAAGCAGUGUUGGUGCGAGUGGACAGUUCCUCAGGCUUGGGUGACUACCUUGAACUGCACAUAAUUUCCAGCAUUUCCAAUAAGCCAGCUGAAAUUUCACCUUGA